AGAGUUGAAGAAGAAGAAGCGUGAAGAGGAUGAGGUGAGCCUGGCGACUGUCUCUUCUGUCUCCGCACUGUCAAGACUGAUGUCGUGGUACCCGUUCAGAAAUCGGGCCCAUUCGCGAGUGCUGGUAAGGGAGACAAGGACAAGAAGCCGGAAGAGCCGGAAGAGCCAACAGGCGGUCCAAACACGACCAACGAAGGUCGUGACGAUGUCCAGGGCAACGCUGCGCAGAACUCUGUCACGGGCAAGCGCGGCCCGCAGACGCACCCGACAGAAGCUGGCGCCCAGGCCCAGGCCGCGACAACUGCGCCCGAGGGCACUGAGGAGGCAGAUGCGCAGGCGCAGGGCGGGAACGUCGAAAAGGAUAGGCAGAUAGACACGAAGGACAGCAACCGGGAUGCUGCCUGAGGAGUGCUGAUGGACUCUUUGUAUACUUCGUCUUUGAAUAUUCCUUAGUUUUGUACGAUAUAAUGCUUACUCCCUACCUUCCAAGCGUCCACACCGCAUACAAACGGCCCCGCAGCCACAAAUAUGACCGAGCUGGAGUCUUCGGAUCCUGGAUGGCAUACUCCGCACCGCAGCAGCUGAUACUCCGGAGGUCCAUGUGCAGAUGCGUCAUCGAUCUGGGCAAAUCUGGAACAAACAUAUGAGAGAACCGUAUAAGAACAUGCCUCGCACCUGGCCAAAUUAUCCACCACCACCUCCUCGCAUCCUCUCCUACAGCGCAUACAACAUAUCCACCAUGUCUUCAUCCUCGAGCCAAGGGCAGGAACAGCAGUUCAAGACCCAGCCACACCCAGCCAAGACCAACAACCCCGGCGAUCUCGAGCCACCGCAGCUUGGCGGAGGUCUGAACACGAACCCAGAGCUGCAGGCGUUCCACACACCUGGGCCUUACAUCCCCAACCCAACUCUGCUCCAGAAUGCCGGAGAGCCAAAGACUCGCGAUGAGCUGCACGCCAGGAGUGCUGAGCUGAACAAAUAGACGUCGCGGAGGGGCGAUGUGUUGACGUUAAAGACUUCUUUGUACUUGUAGUGCAAUAUUGGGAUGAUUUAUCGUAUGAGUGCUCGAGAUACGAACUAC